AUGUUUAAAGGUAUUCUUUUGAUUACAUUCCUUGUAUGUUCUAAUGCUAUUGAAAUAUCUAAAGAAGUGCAAGUAUCACAAAAAAGAAUUGAAGAGAAAAUUGAAAAUGCUCUUAUGUUAAGUAAUAAUUAUGAAAAAAUUGUAGAAAGACUUCAUCCAAAGAAAACUGAACUUACUUAUGAAGAAAUUCUUAUUGUUCUUAGUUAUUAUAUUGCUGCUGAAUAUAAUGUUGAUAAUGCAAACCAAACUGUUCCAUGUUAUGUAAUUACUAAUGUAAAACUUUCAUUUAUUGAUACUGAUAGAGCUGGAUAUCUUUGGGAAGUAUUAAAUACUGCUCCUGGUAUUGAAGUCUCUAAUUUAAAGAAGAAUAAUCCACAAGACCCAGCUGAAGAAAAUGUAGAAUUCUAUUUCCUUGUUAAAGCAACUAGUGUUGGAGCUACUGGAACUCUUUAUUUCAAAUAUUAUUGUCCAUAUAAACCAGGAUCUGAAUUAAAAUAUUUCCAAAUUACAUUUGUAGGAGAAGAGUUUGAUUGGACUCCAUUAUUCCCAUAA